AUGACGCUAGGUCAAUUUCUCAUCACUUUUCUAGCAUCAAAAAGGACACCGGUGACAUUAUUUGACUAUGAUUGCACGUGGGAGGGGCAAGAGGGAGGGCAGUAAAAGCAACUGUGUCGCUUCAGGUGUCAGAAGAGCUAUAAGAAAGAGAAAGGACAACGGAAUUACAAGAGAGAAGAUGACGAAGACGAACAUUUCACCACCAAAGUCAAGACUGAACAAGGAAAAGUUGUUCUUCCCAAGUUCACUCAAAGAUCGAAGCUUCUUCGUGGCUUGGAGAAAUACCGUCUAGCCGUUCUCGUUGCGAAUCCUCAAUCCUUUGUAGUUCCUAACCACAUGGAUAUUUUCUUUGUUUCUUGGGGUCGAGGAACCAUCACCAAGAUCCUAGAGAAUAAAAGAGAGAGCAUUAACGUCAGGCAGGAAGAUAUCAUUAGCAUUUGUGCUGGUACUCCUUUUUAUAUUAUCAAUAACGAUGAAAAUGAGAAGCUUUACAUUGUCAAACUCCUCGGGCCAGUCAAUCUUCCAGGGCAUAAUAAAUUCCAUGCAAUGCUGGUAUUUCAUGGACCAGGCGGAGAAAAUCCGGAGUCUUUCUACAAAGCUUUCUGCUGGGAAGUACUCGAAGCCGCACUGAAGACUUCAAAGGACAGACUUGAGGAAUUGUUCGAGAAACAGGACCAGGGAACUAUCAUGAAAGCCUCCAAAGAACAAAUUCGGGCUAUAAGCCGGAGAGGUGAAGGUCCUAAAUUUUGGCCAUUUACAGGGGAAUGAACGGGUUCACUCAGUCUCUUUAAAAAGGAUCCCUCUCAAUCCAACAAAUAUGGCCAACUCUUUGAAACUGAACGAAGAGAUUAUCCGCCGCUUGAAGAGCUUGACAUUAUGAUCUCCUACACAAACAUCACCAAGGGAGGAAUGUCUGUUCCAUUCUACAACUCACGGGCAACGAAAAUAGGCAUUGUUGUUUCAGGAGAGGGACGGCUUGAAAUUGCUUGUCCUCAUCUCUCCUCUUCCAAAAGCUCUCGCCCAAGUUGCAAGAAAUUGAGCGCACAGUUAAGAACCAAGAGGUUCAUUGCCCCGGCGGGUCACCCUUUUGUGACUGUUGCUUCGGAAAACCAAAACUUGGAAAUCCUGUGCUUUGAAGUAAAGGCAGAGGGCAACAUUAGGUACACUCUUGCAGGGAAGAAGAACAUUAUAAAGGUGAUGGAGAAGGAAGCGAGAGAGUUGGCAUUUUAAACGAAAGUAGAAGAGGUGGACUAAGUGUUUGGAAAACAAGGCACGAAAUUGCGACAAGAAAAACAAGGGCGUGCUGCUGAAUGA